UGAUGAUGAUGAUGAUGAUGAUGAUGAUGAUGAUGAUGAUGAUGAUGAUCAAAAUAAACCAAUGAAAAGUGAUAGAAAUCGCACGAUUCAUAGUGAUGGAUCGUCUAAGUCGUUGUCUCGACGAAAACCAUGUCAUCCCUUGUCAUCACGGCGAUCCCAGGCCAUCUUAAAUCACUCGUCCAUUACUACGCUCUUUUCUUCAUCCGUCGACUCGACUCCCAAGUUUGUCUCAAGUCAUUCAUCCAUUACCUGUUAUAGUGAAUCGAACACGAUCAGUCCUACAAAGACGAAGAUGCUUUUUUCUUCAUCUACACACUCGACUCCACAGUUAACCUUUGAGCAGUCGUCCACAACUUUUUCAUGUAGCGAAUGGAACAAGAUCAGUCCUACGACGACGAAUCUUUUCGUUUCUUCGUCUACUCACUCGACUCAAGGUUGCUGUUCGGGAGGCUUAAGUGGUAAUAAGUUCGAGAAAGGAGUUCUGUCUUGGCCAGCCACUCCAGUCGGUAAACGCGCAAACGUCUCUUGCGUCUAUAACGACAAUGGAAGUGCAAUAGCGUAUAGAUGGUGUUUAUUUAAUGAGACCUCGGGAAAAAAGCGCUGGGGUGAUGUUCACGAUGAGGAAUGCUCAGUUUUAAAGAAGAAAGCGGUGGCUGAGCUUGUUAAGAUAAAAGUGACCACGAAGAAUGAAAAGGAGAUAGCGGUGAUGUUUGAUUACGCUACAUCAUUGUCUAAAGCUAAUGCAACUGUUGAUCUUGUCAAGGAUGGUGCAGAACUCCUGGAAAUUCUCGUGAAGAAUGCCACUAAUUUGACCAAUAUCAGAGAAGAUUUGUUGAGUUCGGUAAGCAACGUUAUGGAUGCAGAGGAAAGUGUUCUGGCGAAAGCAAAUGAGGAACAUCGAUCCACAAUGAAGAUGCUGAAGAAUGUUGAUUUACUAUUGGAUAAUAUCAAUCUCCGAGGGCAGAAGUUCGUACGCGAGAAUUAUACGAAUUUAGUAGUGGAAGCAUGGGAUGUAGCGAAUACAUCAAAGAAUCUCACAUUCACAAGCGAUGGGGAUGGUGUUGUGUCAUCAGUAAAGCUUCCCGGUUCACUUCUGAAAGGCUUUAAAAAGGAGAAGAGAAUAACUUUUGUUAGCUAUGCGAACGAUAAUUUCUUUCCAAUGAAAGGCGCUCCCGCAAAGAAGAAGAUCAUCAACAGUCAAAUUGUUUCCUCUAAUAUCAAGGGUACAUCAGUGAAGAAUCUGUCCGACCCCGUCGUCAUCGAAUUCAAAUUAAAAAAUCGUAGCCUCACGGAAAACAGUACGUGUGUCUUCUGGGACUUCGAGGGAGAUAAUGGUAGUGGAUCUUGGUCUGCCAAUGGUUGUGUUUACGAGAACUUGGGAGGUGGUCGAUCACGCUGUAGUUGCGAUCACCUUACGCAUUUUGGUAUUUUAGUGGAUCUUUCUCCGUUGAAUGAACCACCCCCCACUGAUCUUCUUAUUUUGGAGGCCAUCACCUUCACUGGAUGUUAUUUAUCUCUAACUGGUUUGGUCCUUACCUUAUUAACCUUAUUAUCGUUCAAAAAAUAUCGCCAUGGCUUGAGUGGUCAAAUCCUUAUGAAUUUAUGUGUUGCUCUGAUUUUCUCGCUUCUUGUCUUCGUUGUUGGAAUUAAAGAAGAACAAAACGAAACCGUUUGUAUUGCUGUGGCGGUUUGCCUGCAUUACUUUGUGUUAGUCGCUGUAUUGUGGAUGGGCAUCGAAGCACUUCACAUGUUUAUCAUCAUUGUGCUGGACCGCGUUCACGAGGAGUUUGGGAAGAGAUUCGUCAUCAAAUGUGCUGUUGCUGCUUGGGGGCUACCUUUGCUUAUUGUCCUCACCGCUGCAUUAGUCAAAGACGAUGAUUACAGAAAUGAGCGAUACUGUCGUGUGCACGGAAAUUCAUUUUACGUCGCAUUUUUGGGACCGACCGUGAUUGUUCUUGUAUUCAACAUUGUAAUAUUUGUAAUGGUAGUCAAAGCGCUGUUGAGCGCUCGCUUUCCAAGCAGCAAUCGCCAUAAGGAGAGGAUCGUGCUUUUUCGUCGUGUGCUCGGAAUCGCAACGGUGUUUGGGAUCACGUGGAUAUUUGGUGUACUUGCGAUUGGAAAUCUAAAACUUGUUUUUCAAUAUUUAUUUUGCAUCGCCAACAGCUUUCAAGGAUUUGUAAUAUUUAUUGUGUACUGUCUAACGGACAGAAAAGUCCGCGAGAAACUGGUGCGGACUUUGUGCCUUCUACCGGAUACAAAUCAAAAUGACGUGAUGACGUCAACAACGACAGCGCGUCCUAACGACUUAAGCGUGAUCGAAAGUAAUCUAUCUGAUGGCUCCCGGCAAGGGUUAGGAACAUGGCCGAUCUCUGGUUCUUUAUAUCCUGGUGUUAUGCCUGGAAUGAAGGAAAUAAGCCAGUCUUCAAAAAGUCGACCAAGUCUCACGAGAAAUACCUUUGGUAGAAAAGAUGCAUUUGACGAAGAACACGAGUCCGAUGUUCAUGGUUAUAUGUUGUAUACCCAACCAAGCUACCAGGUAAAUGUUGGUCGUGACCGCAAUGAGUUAUGGGAUUAUGAACUGAACACGUUUGACCAGCGUUAUGACUAUUAUAAUGAGUCCGCUGCCUACAUGUCCGUUGAUAGUGAAUUUUGCGGCGACAAACUUGUCGAAUCGACGUUAUGUCAGCUUGAACGAAGUGGGGGCGAGUCUUCUUUGCAAAGUGCCAACUCCGUCGUGUUCUUCGACAAUGGGAAAAAAGUCGAAGUUCCUAGACGCCCCGAGCUCAACCAUGAUUAUUGUUCUAUAGAUGAGAUAAAAGGAGAUCCGUUGUGCAUUCAAAGAACAUAUGGUCCUAGUGUAUAUGCGAGAAAGAACCAUGAUCGUCGAGUCUUUAGUUUUCAUGAAAAGUCUCUAAAUACAACACAAAACUCUGUUAGGAAUCCUAAUGCUUUGGGAAAGAGGUUUGUUCAGUCAGAGAAAAGGACGAAAUCAAGGAGUAACGCUGUUUCUUUUUCAGAGAAACACUUAAAACCUCCCAAGAGCAAAGACGAACGAUGGAGUGACGUGCUUCACUCUCCUCGCUUAAAAACUCGUCCUCGACCCACGGGUGUCUCCGAGGGCAGCGAACAUAACACAUAUAUGUCACGUGCUAGACACGAGUCACUCAGGAAAUUUACUCAAGGUGAUGGAGAGAACGCAGGGUUUUCGUUUGACGAGCAAGAUGUUGCUCCUGCUUCUACGGUGAGCGUGCAAUCGCCGGCUCUGGCCACUGAUGACGUAGAAGAAAAAUAUUACUCGAAUUACGAUAAUGAAAUCGAUUUAGAAAACGAGAUUUCCGUUAAUUUUAUCGCUGCCGCCGAUUCUAAAAAAGCCAGAGGUUUAGCACUCCGCACUUGUGGAGAUGGUCAAAGUGAGCAGAAUCUUCAACAAAGCUCUGGAUCUAGCACAUCAGAAACUUCAGGAAGUUCAGUUGAUAGUUCUUUACGAUUGAGUGAGUUGCCUUUCGACUCAGGCUUCAGGAUCAGGACCGUUGGGUCCCACAGUCAAACCACAUUUUCAGAUACCGUUAGCACUGAUGGUACAGACCGAGUAAGUUACAUCACCAAUUUUUAAAAAUUGUUGCACAAUCUGUGCAGGUGCAACAACUGAGAAUCGACUUUGCAAGUGAACAUGCAAAGUACAAAUCUUGCCGUUAUUGGUUGUUUACUUGAUCAUUUUAUGACAUAGGCACGAUAAAAACUCAUGAUGCGCUAUGUGGUCUGUAGGUACAUUGUUAUCUGUAACAUAAGUUUCUUCAAGCUUUCAUAAGAAAUAGUCGAUUACCGGAAGAAAAAUUGAUGCUUUAGAAAACAUGCUAUGUAAAUACCAGUUAAUUGCAAACACUGCGUCCAGUGUGAAGAGGUUUUUGUAGAGAAAUUCACCACUGUAUAAAAUUAUUGUUACCCAAGAAAUUUACACUAAAUAUGGAAGUCUUCACAA